AAUCAUUUGAUGACAAAUGAAAUGUGUUAAAUUAUGAUUAUUUAAACAUAAUACGUUGGCUAAGCAUGUAAUCGGUCUGAACAAAUACACGCAGAACAAUGGAUACAACAUUAGGCGACAGAAACAUUAUACAAAACCCGAUGUAUGAUGCAAACCUAGCCGACACAGACGUCCUAUACCCAUCCAAAGAGGAUGAGUCUGGAGAGAGAAAGGAAGACGCUGGGACACGAAACGUUCGGUUUGAACAAUCAAUGAGCACUGAAUCAAACGGUUCUUGGCACGAGUCCUUUCAGACGCCUCUCGGAAUUGACGUCCACAGCCACGGUAACCAUGGCGAUGGCACUGAGAAAGGUUCAUCAAAUAAGUACGAAAACCUAGGCGACAGAAACAUGAAACACAACCCGAUGUAUGCUGCAACUCUAGAAGACACUGACGUCAUAUCCCCAUCCAAGGAGCAUGAACCUGGAAGGUUCAUUCAGAGAGGAAGGAAGGCAUUGAAAACCGUAGAGUUCGGUUUGAACAAUCGAUAA